AUGUCCCCUGUGGCCCCCGGCAAGGAAGCCAAGGACACAGAAGAACAACCGAGCAUCUGCUGCGGAAGCAUUGCGUUCCGGCCUGUUAAUGCUGUUCGUUCCGUUUCCCCCAACUUGGAAAUAAACCCGAAUCAGCGACCUGCAUACCACCUGCCACAUCACUCUCGCCCUCACGCCGCGAGCCAUCACAACAGCUGCCUGGGCCCGCCAAAUCCAACCCCCAAAGGCCAGAGGCAGGAACUCGAAGGACAAAACCACGGACGCCUGCGCCCUCGAUUGGCCCAAUUCGACACUCCCCGUCCGCCCUGCGCUGCCACGCCUGCAGUGUACCCGGUACGAACCACCUGCGUGGUCUAUCAGGUUCUCUGGUACGCCGCAUCGCAUCGCGCCGCGCAGCAACACACGCAGGAAGAGAUCAUCAGUCUCCCCACGCCUGCUGCUGCCCUCUUGGAGGAACCCUUGCCUGCCAGAUAG